AGAGUAGGGGGAGCACUGUUCUGUUCAUCGAUGUGAGAUAACUGAAGAUGGUUCAGGUUGUUGGUUUCUUAACGGAGCGCUGGUGGAUGGAUUUUUUCGCUUCAAACCCCAGCAGGAGAUAAUUUCAUUAGGAAUCGCGGUGACCGAUCUUCGUUGCUUGGAUCGUGGAUCAGGUUCCGAGGACGGUGUUGAAUCGAUGUUGAGUGAAACAGAAAGGAACAACGAGGAUCGAUCCGAUUGACGUUUCAUCACGCAUCAGACCCUCUUUCAGAAACAUGCCUCCGACACACUCGUGAAUCGUGCUGCACGAUUCAUGCAGAUUCGUUGUUUAGUUGGUAAAGAUGUGCGACACAAGAGUUUGAGCCUCACCGUAUGAUGCAGUCCAUUUAUUGGACCGGGAGGCUACUGUCUCGGGCGAUAUGGAAUGGUAUAUCAAAUUAUACAGCGUGCGCCGACCCUAACGUGAAAAAACAUCGCGAAGCAUCCUUUAUAUCAGCGGUAUGUGGCUUUCCCAAAGACUUCUCGCGAGGACGUGUACGCAAAGGGCAAUUCGGUGACGACGCUUGGUUCAGUGCCAAAUUUAAAGCUGUUGAAGUGAUAGGUGUAGCGGACGGUGUAGGAGGAUGGAGGCAUUAUGGAAUCGAUCCAGGAGAAUUUUCUAGCUUUCUAAUGAGAACUUGCGAAAGACUGGUCUCUAUGGGCAGGUUCAAGCCUUCGGAACCAGCUGGUUUGUUAGCACGUAGUUACUAUGAAUUACUAGAAAAUAAACAACCCAUAUUAGGUAGCAGUACGGCGUGUGUUAUAGUCCUCAAUAGAGAGACUAGCAGCAUUUAUGCAGCUAAUAUCGGUGACAGUGGUUUUGUAGUUGUACGAAAAGGGGAAGUAGUUCAUCGUUCUUCCGAACAGCAACACUACUUUAAUACUCCAUUUCAAUUGUCUCUUCCACCUCCAGGACAUUCUGGUCUAGUACUUAGCGACAGCCCAGAAUCUGCAGAUACAUCGAGUUUUGGGGUAGAAGACGGCGAUGUAAUUUUAUUGGCAACAGACGGGGUCUUUGAUAAUGUGCCUGACCAAUUGCUUAUUACGGAAAUGCGUAAAGUUCAAGGGGAAAGAGAUCCCACUAAAAUACAAGGAGUUGCCAAUUCAAUAGCCUGGAUGGCUCGUAGCUUAGCUUUCGAUGGCGCAUUUAUGUCUCCAUUCGCCCAAAGUGCUAGAGAGAAUGGAAUUGACACUAUAGGUGGUAAACCAGAUGACAUUACAGUGCUUUUAGCAACGGUGGCAAUAUAAUAAAAUAUGUACAAUAGAAUCUUGAUCAUUGUAUUAUAGUCCAUGUCAUUGCGUAUAUGUACCUAGUUAUACAUCAUUAUAUUCUGUUAUAAUAAUCAUUUAUUAUUUAAAUCUAAAUAAAUGGUUUUGUAAAUCAUCUCGUUUUUUUUCUUUCUUUCAUUUAUCUCCUUCGUGUUCAUAAUAAGAAAGCGAUACAUGCACCAAAUAUUUGAUGACUGCUUAUUUACUAACUGUGUGAAAUAAUAACUAUGUAUUAUAUGGCACAAUAACAUGUAACACUGUAAUGCAUUAUGGAUAAAACGUGUAAAAACUGACAAACUAUGAGAUGUACUAUA